GCAGGAGCCGGGCCGUCAGCGGUGUGCGGGCAGCACCGGCAGCGGCAGCAGCAACAGCAACAGCGGCAGCAACAACAGCAACGAGAGCGGCAGCACUCCGCGGGCUGGCGGCGCUGGGAGCACGGCAGCGGGCUGCCCCACAGGGCUCGGCGCUCCGCCUCGUCCCCGCCGGCCGCCGCACCCCGCCCGGGUCCCGCGGGUGCAGCAUGAAGCGCGGCGAUGAUGGCACGGCGGGGUAAGACGGCGGCGCGGACGCUGGAAGACCUGACGCUGGACUCCGGCUAUGGUGGCGCGGCGGACUCGGUGCGCUCCUCCAACUUGUCGCUGUGCUGCUCGGAUUCGCACCCCGCGUACCCCUAUGGAGGAAGCUGCCGGCCGCACCUAACUGACUCCAUGCACAGUCGCCACAACAGCUUCGACACCGUCAACACCGUCCUAGCGGAAGACUCCGAGGUGCUGGACUGCGCGGGGCAGCACUGCUCCCGGCUCCUGCCCGACCUUGAGGAGGUCCCCUGGAGCCUGGAGGAGGUGGAGGCGCUGCUGCAGCCGCCGCAGCCGCGCCGGGAUCCGCGGGCGCCGGGCGGCGGCGGCGGCGGCGGCGCGGCGGGGCGGGAUGCGGCGGCGCGGCUGUCCACGCUGGUGAGCCGCGCGUUGGUGCGCAUCGCCCGCGAGGCUCAGCGCCUCAGCCUGCGCUUCGCCAAGUGCACCAAGCACGAGGUGCGCAGCGCCAUGGAGAUCGUGCUGGGCUGGACGCUGGCCGCCCGCUGCACGGCGGCCGCCCUCGGAGCCCUCUCGCUCUACAACAUGAGCGGCAGCGGAGGGGACCGCUUCAGCCGCGGCAAGUCGGCGCGCUGCGGGCUGGCCUUCUCCGUCGGCAAGUUCUACCGCUGGAUGGUGGACAGCCGCGUGGCCCUGCGCAUCCACGAGCACGCCGCCAUCUACCUGACGGCCGGCACCGAGAGCCUCUUCCGCGACAUCCACGCUCGGGUGCUGGCCGGGGCCGGGCCCUCCGCACCGCCGCCGCCGCCGCCGCCGCCGCCCGGCCGUACCACCCCCGCCGCGGCCGCCGGCCCGGCCGAGAGGGAGAAGGAGGGCGCCGAGGGGCCGCGCUUCACGCUGGAGGCUCUGGAGCAGACGGUCAACAACGACCCCGAGCUGUGGGGGCUGCUGCAGCCCUACCAGCACCUCAUCUGCGGGAAGAACGCCAGCGGUGUUCUCUGCUUGCCGGACAGCUUGAACCUUCACAAAGACCAGCAGCGGUCAAACAAGCCUGGAGAAGUGCAGAUGUUCAGCCAGUCCGAGCUAAGGACCAUCGAGCAGUCUUUGCUGGCUACGCGUGUGGGGAGCAUUGCCGAGCUCAGUGACCUCGUAUCCCGAGCCAUGCACCACCUCCAGCCACUGAAUGCCAAGCAGCACGGGAAUGGCACACCGAUGCACCAGAAGCAGGGGUCACUCUACUGGGAGCCAGAGGCUUUGUACACCCUCUGCUACUUCAUGCACUGCCCGCAGAUGGAGUGGGAAAACCCAAAUGUGGAGCCGUCAAAAGUCACGCUGCAGACUGAGAGGCCGUUCAUCGUGCUGCCGCCCCUGAUGGAGUGGAUUCGGGUCGCCGUGGCUCACGCGGGGCACCGUCGCAGCUUCUCGGUGGACAGUGAUGACGUACGGCAGGCAGCCAGGCUCCUGCUGCCCGGAGUUGACUGUGAACCUCGACAGCUAAAAAUCGACGAUUGUUUUUGUGCAUCUCGGAAGCUGGAUGCAGUUGCCACUGAAGCGAAGUUCAAGCAGGACCUGGGCUUCCGGAUGCUCAACUGUGGCCGAACGGAUCUGGUUAAACAGGCCAUAGCCUUGCUGGGGCCGGAUGGGAUUAACAGCAUGAGUGAACAGGGCAUGACUCCACUGAUGUAUGCUUGUGUCAGGGGUGAUGAGGCUAUGGUGCAGAUGCUGCUAGAUGCUGGAGCAGAUCUGAAUGCUGAGGUUGUCAGUACUGCUCAUAAAUACCCAUCCGUCCACCCUGAGACCCGCCAUUGGACAGCUCUGACAUUUGCUGUGUUGCAUGGACAUAUUCCUGUAGUUCAGUUGUUGCUGGAUGCUGGAGCAAAAGUAGAAGGUUCCUUGGAGCAUGGAGAGGAAAACUACUCUGAAACUCCUUUGCAGUUGGCAGCAGCUGCCGGAAAUUUCGAACUGGUCAGUUUGCUGUUGGAGCGAGGAGCUGACCCCAUGAUAGGAACAAUGUACAGGAAUGGCAUUUCCAUGACUCCACAAGGUGACAUGAACUCUUUCAGUCAGGCUGCUGCGCAUGGACACAGCCAUCCAGAGGAGCAUAGAUACAGGAAUGUCUUCCGUAAGCUACUUGCUCAGCCAGAGAAGGAGAAGAGUGAUAUCCUGUCACUGGAGGAGAUACUGGCCGAGGGGACAGACUUACCUGACUCUGCAGCAGCUCCGCUUUGUGCCAGCCGCAACAGCAAGGCCAAACUGAAAGCCCUGAAGGAGGCCAUGUACCACAGUGCUGAGCAUGGAUAUGUGGAUGUGACCAUUGACAUACGGAGUAUAGGUGUUCCCUGGACACUGCACACAUGGCUGGAGUCCUUGCGAACGUCCUUCCAGCAGCACAGACGACCCCUCAUCCAGUGCUUGCUAAAGGAAUUCAAGUCUAUUCAAGAGGAAGAGUACACAGAAGAGCUCAUCACGCAGGGGUUGCCUCUGAUGUUUGAGAUACUGAAAGCCAGCAAGAACGAAGUGAUAAGUCAGCAGCUAUCUGUCAUUUUCACUCAUUGCUACGGACCCUACCCUAUUCCAAAGCUUGUUGAAAUUAAGCGCAAGCAGACCUCUCGCUUAGAUCCCCAUUUUCUUAACAACAAAGAGAUGUCAGAUGUUACAUUUCUGGUGGAAGGAAGACCAUUUUAUGCACAUAGAGUGCUGCUAUUUACUGCAUCACCACGGUUUAAAGCAUUGCUGUCUAGCAAGCCCUCAACUGAUAGUACUUGUAUUGAGAUCAACUAUGUGAAGUACCCCAUCUUUCAGCUGGUUAUGCAGUAUCUUUACUAUGGAGGUGCAGAGUCACUCUUGAUUAAAAAUAAUGAAAUUAUGGAGCUUCUUUCUGCUGCUAAAUUUUUCCAGCUUGAAGCUUUACAACGACACUGUGAGAUCAUUUGUGCAAAAAGCAUUAAUACAGAAAACUGCGUGGAUAUUUAUAAUCAUGCCAAGUUUCUCGGAGUCACAGAACUAUCUUCCUAUUGCGAAGGCUACUUUCUAAAAAAUAUGAUGGUCCUCAUUGAAAACGAAGCUUUCAAGCAGCUGUUGUAUGACAAGAAUGGAGAAACGUCUGGUCAGAAUGUACUACAGGACUUACAGAGGACGUUGGCCACAAGGAUUCAGUCAAUUCAUUUGUCUUCUUCAAAGGGCUCCAUUGUAUAAAGCUGAGGAAGGCAGUAACGCUCUAAUAAAGACCCUGCAAGUUAAGUCUCCUGUUGCAGUUGCUUAAACGAAUACACACAAAAUAGAUUCUACUUCACAUCCAAAUAGUUCUGUGUUGGCCAAAGGUGCUGCGCUGAGGCCUCCGCCUCGUUUGGAUGAGGGAAUAUGGAAAACAUAGCUCCUGUAUGCUUCUGAGCAACGGGCCUACCAGAGCGUCCAGUGCAUCGGUGUUGUACCCGAGCUCUGAACACGAAAGUGUGGUCGUGGAGCUAGAUGCCAACAAAAGCCAGAACUCACAACAGUGAACAGCAGCAGCCCCUGCCUGAGCGGUGGUGCCAUGAAACACCUGAAUUGACCAAUUACACAUUUAAGGCGAAUGUUCCAUCGUUUCACAUUUAAGAACUAUACCUGUCCUGGAGUCCAUUAUACACUUAAAAAAUGUAAGAACUGUUGUUGCUGUUGAGCAAAGAUCGAUUGUGUUAAGAGAGUGGGUAAGACUGUUACAACUGAGGAAAUAUCCAUACUGGCAGAUUUUUAGGGGUGGGAACUUUUUAAAUUGUUCAUAAAAAUAAUGGGGUGGCCUUGUAGUUUAAAAACUAUUUCUUAAGCUUAAAAUUUCAUUUUCGACAGAGCUGUGUUUGAGAAUCUAUGUAACAUGUUUUGUUUUUUAAAUGGUUAAAAUGUACAUUGUGUAAACACACAUAUGAUCGAGUUUUGCUUGUAUUCUUUCCUAAAGUGGUAUAAUCUUGCCUGACAGGCUAUGGUUACACCAAAGAGGUACAUUACCCAGGCUAUCUCUAAUACAGUAGUUGGGGGGGCAGGUAAACUGCAUGCUUCUUGUGAUUUGGGGUUAAAAACAAUGACAAACUCAACAUGCAUUUGCAUGGUAACUGUACCAGUGAAUGUUUUGUUCGUGCUUCGUUUUGCCAAGACAAAUGCAAUGUUACUUCUUGUCAAACUCCAUUUGUAAAAUCAGCAUAUUAUUUUACUCAGUGCAGUUGGCUGUGAUAUGAUACCCCCAGAGACCUUCUCAAGAUGCUGAUUUCUGUUUGUUACAGUGAAGGGAUAAUAACAGAUCUUUCCUCUAGUGAUGUGUCGAUACUUUGCUACUGUCCAGAGAUUGUGUCCGAGUUAGACUUUUUUAAAUUAUAAUUAAAUAUGUACUAUAGAAUGAUUUCUCACUGUAUCCUGAGAACGUAUAGGUUAUCUACAAUGCAGGGUUUGGGUGGGGUGGGACGGGGGGUGCGAUUUAAUGUCCGAACUUCAUUUGUUUUGCAGCCUGUUGUUGGCAAGACAGAUCUGCUACGUGCCACAACAUUCCUGAUGCUCUGUCUUCGAAUAAUGCUUUUCAUGAAUCAUUUGAUUUCAAUCAUGGAGAAGACCACAGCAAGAUGCAAGCAAAGAUACUGCCUUUUCCAUGGCAAAGUGACAUUAAUGUAUUUAUUUUCUAGCAUGCUGUUCAGAAACUGUGCCCAGCUCACAGACUCUAGAAGUUUUAUUUUGAUGGUGCAUGGUAGCCUCUUGUUCUUCUGUUGAAGUAUCUACGUUGGGUGCUCUUCCAUGUUGACGCUUUUGGGCAUGCUCAGAGAACACAGUUUUGGCUUUAGUUAUCCACAUGGUAGGAAGCUGUUUUAUGACGUGAGGUGUAAAGCGUCCCGUGUGCUCGGUCUUUUAAUGCCUAUAACAGUUCUUGCAAGAAAGUACAGAAAUGUCUUAACUGAUGCUAAUGUCUUAGAGACAUGGCCUGUCACUCAGUUAGACCUUUUGUUUUCCUGCCUAGCAAAUGUUCACACAGGAUGUUGUCGAGAACAUUCAGGUAACGACAGCUUUUUGUGACUGUUGUGAUUGUGGAGAAACAUGACUGUGGCUGAUGGAGCAACAACACGCGGGGUGCUUGUUGUCAUUCACUGUGCCUCCUCAUCCAAGGAAAGCCAUCCUUUGUGCUAAUGAUAGCAAGGCAGAAGCAGACCUCAUCCCGCAGCUUUGUGCUUUAAAGUAGGAAAGUUUUUCAGACAAUAAUCAUGAUAUUAACAUUUUUCCCUUGGGUACAUGUGUAGUGUCCAAUGAAGUCAUCAGGAGUUGCAUGCACAUAUAUCCAUAGGCAGAAUAUUUUUUUGUGGGAAACGAGCACAAAGGUGUACCUUUGGAUAGGCAGUCCGGUGUUGGACGUUAUAAUGGCAGCCAGAAGUGUCGUGCCUCUGUUUCCAGUUCAAAUAUUCAUAGGGUUUAGUAAGGGGAUAGAGUCCUGUGUGCAUAGCUGCUCCUGGAAGGUGAUGGUUUUUGAGCACGAGUAGGAACCUGCCUUGGACUUACCAGGAAAGAAAUACUGAUAACUGUGCUAGUUGUUCUCCAGAUAACUUGAGUCGAGAAUAUCUGUGGUAAUAUUCACUGUUUUUUCUUUUAGAGAUGAAGGGCUUACUGCGUUCUUUGGUGCCUGUACAUGAACUGCAUGGUCAUCAUGUUUGAGUCCUCCAAGGGAAAAUAAGAGGUUUUGCUGUAGCAGCAGAGUGUCCAUCUCCAGACACACACUGCGGUGUCUGCGUGCAGCGCUGCUGGUCCACACGUUGCUGUGUCCCUGUGCUCCUCUGCAGGCUUGUGAGUCUGGGGUGUGACAGAAAGCAUGGCACCCGCUGCCAUCACCAGAUCUGCUUUGCUAAUCUGUAGCAAACAGUAGGAGCAAAGGACCCCAAAUAAGCUGUCGUUCAGAGCUGUUAGGGGAUCCACCAUCUCCACCAAACCCAUCAUCAGAAAGGUUUCCCCAUAGAGUGUUCAGAAAUUCUUUGCUGCACAUCAAAACACUUUUCCUUCCAGCCUCAGUCAACAGGAAGAAUGGAUAAUCCACGGCCUUUUUAUGGAAUUAUUCUGCGUAUGAGAGGAAUUAUCAUACCUCCCUCACUAGUUUAAGUCUUCCUUAGUCCUUUUGGUAAUAUUUUCUAAGCCUCUGAUUUUUGCUGUCUUUCCCCUCACGUCUUCCCAGCUUCCCCAGAAUGUUCUGCUCCUGUGGGGGAUUUAUACAGCGACAAGCAAGGCUCAGUGACUGUCUCAUGAGUUUUACAUAGAGCAUAUCAGAAAAUACAUCCCAGAAUAUUUUCUACAUCCCGUGGCUGACUUUCAUCUAACCUACCUUGCAUUACAAUUCCUGGGUGACUUACAGCUGCUGUCCCAGGAGUUCUCUCCCAUUUGUAUGUGUGCAUUUGUUUACUCCACCUUCCAAAGUCUUAACACUUUCAACUUGUCUUUAUUACAUUUGUUCUGGUUUAAUUGGGGGCAAUUUCCCCAGUUCAUCAAAAUCAAUUUCAAUUCCAAUCCCGUCUCCUGGCCCGAUAAUCUCCUGGUUUUGUGAUGUGUGGCUUCAUGCAUGGAUUCUCCAUUCCAUUAAUCUGGGGCUGGGGGAAGGGCUCUAUUGUAAAUGUAAUCUAAAAAGCAGUGUGAGUUUCAGUGGGUGCCUGUGACCACCGUCCCUAUCAGAUACAGCUCCUUCCAUCAGAGCGUUCUAUUAGGACUUUUUAGAGAGAUGGUGUUAUCACCUUAGGAAAUCAAUAGCGUUCUGCUUCUUUAGUCUGUGCACAGGUUGCUAUAAUUUCCAAAUUUUGAGGGGAAAAGAAGGCCCUCCAGCCGCUCCAGGUGAAAUGGAAAAAAAAAUACAAAAUCCUUAGAAAAACCUCUGAUUUUUUCCUUUUCUUUUUAAAUCACAAUUUCCCAGCCUACAGGGGGUGAAGGGCUGUUUUGGUUCUUUCCGUGUGCCUUUUUCAUACGAGCCCCACGCUGUAUUCUUCAAGGCUUGCAGGCAUCCUGCCCCUGCCUCACUGCAGAGCUUUCCUUCUGCCUCUCCACAGGGUCCUCCCUUCGCUUCCAGAACUUCCUCACAUUUCCACUUAGCCUCACGUGCUGCCAGUUUCCAGACUUCCCAGUCUGUUACUCUGGAGCCCCGCUGGAUCUCUUCCCAAGCCCAGAGAUGCUAGCUGCGUUCUCCCAAAUGGGCGAUUUCCCAAGAGUAAGCUUCAGACCUGGGAAGAGGAUGGGGAAUGUAUGAGGGCAGAGGUUUUGGACAUCAGAGAGGAAGGCUGGUAUUCUUUUCAGGACAGAUUUCAGCACUGUCUGCUCCUUUCUCAAUUUUUCCCUGCUCUGUUCCUUAAGCCCGCUGCCCUCUUAGCACAGCUGGCGGCCAGAUGCUCUCCAUCCUGGAGCAGGGCCAGCUUUGUAACGACAAAGACUUUUUCCCAGCUAAAGCUUUGCCUGCCUGGACUCAGUUUCUGAGUAGAUCUGUGCAAACAUCUGUUAAAAGACAGAGGAAACAUUCUUAAAGAGGUGUGGGAGCUUAGUAGCCACUUUGCUAUUGGCACAGUGAGAGGUGCUUGCUGAGCGUCCACGUGCUGCUCUUGACGCUGAGCCUCCUGUACUGAAUAGCCACUGGCCACCGGCUCUGUACCAAGGGGUGUACGCGUCCUGGGUGCAGCGUGUGCUCUGCUGGAGGUUUUGGGGGACAGAAUGUGCUGCCUUGUGGAGAUUGAAAGGAAAAAAAAAAAUCCUCAUUUUGUACUGCAGCAAGGUGGUAUGGCGAGAAGAAAGAAUGGGCGCCUCUUCUUCAUCCUAGACCUGCCCCACAUCAGAGGAAGGUUCUGCUAUUGCAGAUUGCCGCUGAGCCCACGGGGACUCAGGUGUGCGGGAUGCUAUUUAAGGGCUUUAUCUUUUUAAUGCUCAAAAGAAAUAGAGGUGUUGGAGUUCACACAUCUACAUCCUCGAGGCAAGACUUGGCCAUCUGAACAAAAAGGCCGUUCCUCCUCCUGUUGUCCAUGGGCUGAAUCCCAGAAGCGGCAGAGGUCCUGCAUAGCUCCUAGACGUCGGCUGCAGGUAUUUGCUGCCCCUCAGGAGCUGACUCUGUUUUCAUAAACUGUUCCAGAAGGGUGACAUCCUGAAGCCCGCAUCCACUGGAGCUGCUCUUGAAGUCAGUGGAUGAUUUCUUUUCUUGAUGAACGACAGUUACCUGAAGUCAAAGGCUUGAAGUUAGUUUGUUUGACAAAGCGUCUUUCAUGUGAGGAAGUGAGCGCUUUGCAGAAAUGAAGUGCCUGACGUUGCUUUCAUCCCCUAGCCCACAGAUGUAGGUCUGCUGAGAUAUAUAAGCAUUAAAAAGCCUGCUUAGGAUUUGUCCUAAUAUUUAAUAAACCGGCUUUCAGAAAGCUCGCUUUGAAACAGCAGUCAAAUAAUAUCUGAAACCCCAUCGAUGAGAACAUCACUAAUUUUAGAUGCUUGCAUAUAAGCACUUCUGUAUCUCUAACUCCUGGCACUUCCAAUCAUGUCUUCCAUGCAUUUAUAACAAAACAAACGGUGCUUAUUUAACAUCCUGUUAUGAGGCGAGUUUUGUUGCCUUCAGUGGGCGCAAAUGGGCUGCCAGCUCUGAGCCAGUUUCCACGUUUCAGUAGACUCACACCUGACCUACAGCUUCUAACUGCCCUCCAAGGGCAAAAGGUAGUGAAGCUGAGUCUUGGGCUGAGAGCCAAUGAGCUGUGAGACCGCUGCUGAAAGCACUACAAAUAAUACAGUGCCCAAAGCUGAAGGAAAAUCUGGGAAUGUGCCCAAGAUAAUAAGCGUUUGUCAGCUGUCUUCAGUGAGCUUAAAAGCUGGAGAAGUAAGCUUUGGAGGGCAGGGGUUGCAUUUUGGUUGUUGUUGCCUUUAAACUGUCAUGCUUUUAGCUUGGUUUGAGACUUCUUGUAUGGAUCAGCCAUGGAUGGCCUGGUUUAUCUCACACUGUUUCACACAGAGGGUUCUAAAGGUGGCAGCUUUUGUUUUCCUCAGGUUAGUGUAGCCUUGAUUGGCUUCUGUGCUUUGCAAGGGUUGCUUGUCAUUGAAACGGCUGGGAAACAUGGCAAAAACUUGCAGGAGGGGUUGCACUGGCUCAAUAGGUUAAUUUCUAUGAACACCUUCUGGCUUUGUGGGCUGUGCUGUUUAGUUGUCUACAUCUGUCCACCUGAUCGUACGUGGUGUGCUGGAACAGCAAUUCUGGUGUUUGUUUACCUUUGGGAGGCAUUUUUGUUCCUUCUUUGGGCUCAUAGGUUUAUUUUUUUACCUCUCAUCCCGUGGAGGAGAUGGUGCUGUGUGAGUAGGUGUGUGUGAGUAGGUGAGCAGGCGCCGGUUUCUGUCUGGGUUGGAUGGCAUGCUAACGGAAAGGUCUUAGUAAGGGAAAAGGAUGGGGUCCAAGAAUUUAAAUGCCUAACCCCUGUCUUUCCCUUGAGUUUUCAAGGUUUGGAGCUCUCUGUGCCCUGCUUCAUUUGGUUUCCAGCUCAGAAUUUCCAUGCAGCCAAAGGGGAGAGGAGAGCAGAGGACAGGAGGAGAGGGGAAAGCAGCCCCAUCUCCAAACCCUCACCGAGUAUUCCCAGCCAACCACUUUGGCUCUGGUCUUUUCAGGGCUCAGGGUUUACUCAGUCACACUGCUCAGAUGUGGCUGUGGAGCUCUAGCAAUUGGUACCGCUUUUUUUUUUUGUUGGGUUUUUUUUUUUUUUUUUUUUUUUUGGCCUUAUAAAUAUCUCCACUGCUGCAGCUGCAAGAGUGAAUUUGCCUGUACUCUUUCGUGUGUGGUUAACUUUGGUCUUCCCACUUCCCAUCAUCUCUGCUGCUGUGUUUUCAUUAAAACUUCCAUUACCCGGCUUUGCCUAGCGCAGUGAGAAGCAAUCUUCUUUCUUACUGCCUUUCUGAAGCAAACAAAGAAAGGGAGAAAAACUCCCUGAAAUACCCAAUCAGAAAUCAUUCAUGGUUUAAAAUAAGCUACAUUGGGAAAUGGAGAUGCUCAGACAAAAAAAAAAAAAAAAAAGGAAAAAAUAAAAAGACAGACACAUUAGAAAAGCCAGUCCGUUAGGAGGUCAUUUUAAUUAAUUAAGGUCACAGCCUUCACACCUCUGAUAUUUUGGCGGGGAUGGAUUACUGAGAUUCAAAACAUCUGGACUUGUGCAAGCCUCAGGUUCAAGCCAGACCACCUUGCCCUUUCCCCUUCCCAGCAGUGGACAAAUUGACUGCCUUGUGGUGUACUGCGUGAGUUGCUUUCAAAUGAGACUUUCAGGAGUCUGAUUCACUGUGCUUUGUGGCUUUUGGACACCCCACAGCACGUCUGUGGGCUGAGGUGGCAGGAGGUAGGAGUGGUGGGAAGUGCCCAAGGUCUCCUCACAGUGCAAGCUACUUCCCUACUGUCAGUGUUCACCCGGUGGGACACCUUGCUUGACCCGAUCAAACCUGGGUAAACUACCAAUAAAAAGUUUGGGACAGUCGGUUCAGUAGCUUCAGAAAUUAUCUUUGGUUUUUGAUUAUUGCACCAGUGACUGAUAUGCUUCUUGGCGACAUGGUAAAGCGCUCAGUCUUCAUUGAGAUGUGAGUUCAUGGUUAUCCACUGAAUCAUGCAGAAUGACAGACUCAUAGGGAUUGGAAGGGAAUUCUGGAGAUCCAACCUCUGCUAAAGCUAGUUCCUCACAGACAGUAGAUUACACAAGAAAAUAUCCAGGUGGGUUUAAAAUAUCUCCAGAGAAGGAGACUCCACAACCUCUCUGGACAGGCUGUUCCAGUGCUCUAUCACCCUCAAAGUGUAGAAAGUUCUUCCUCAUGUUUGUAUGGAACUUCCUCUGUUCCAGUUUGUGACCGUUGCCCCUUGUUCUGAUGCAGGGCACCACUGAAAAGAGCCUGGCUCCAUAAAUAUCUAAUGAUAUUUAUAAACAUUUAUAGUAUCCCCUCUCAGCCUUCUCCUCUCCAAGCUGACCAGGUCCCAUGGCUCUCAGCCUGUGCUCAUAAGGGAGAUGCUCCAGGCCCCUCAUCAUCUCGGUGGCCCUUUGCUGGUCUCUCUAGAAGACCUCUUUCUUGAACCAGGGAGCCCAGAGCUGGACACAGCACUCCAGAUGUGGCCUCAGGAGGGCAGAGAAGAGGGGGAGGAUCACCUCCCUCAACCUGUUGGCCACACUCUUUGUAAUGCACCCCAGGAUGGCAUUGGCUUUCUGGGCCACAAGGUCACACUGCUGGCUCAUGGCCAACCUGUUGCCCAACUGGACACCCAGGUCCUUCUCCUGCAGAGCUCCUUUCCAGCAGGUCAGCCCCUCAGCUGUACUGAUGCAUGCAGUUAUUUCUCUCCAGGUGUAGGACUCUACACCUGCUCUUGUUGAAUCUCAUCAGGUUCUUCUCUGCCCAACUCUCCAUCCUGUCCAGCUCUUGCUGAACAGCAGCACAGCCUUCUGGUGUAUCAGCCACUCCUCCCAGCUUUGUUUCAUCAUCAAACUUGCUGAGGUUGCACUGUAUCCCUUCAUCCAGGUCACUGAUGAAGAUGUUGAACAAGAAUGGACUCUACCAACCACGGGGGAACACUGCUAGCUACAGGCCUCCAGCUGGAGUGCACCAAUGAUAACCUUCUGAGCUCUGCCAGUCAGCCAGCUCUCAAUCCACCCCACUCUUCACUCAUCUAUCCCACAUUUCCUGUGGCAUUGUAAAAGAAUUUGUUCUAUAUUGUCCAAACUGUGAAUUUUCUGCUGCCUUGAUUUUAAUUUGGUUAUUACUAUGUGGGAAAAAAAAGAAAAAAAAGGUUAAGGAUAUGAAAUAUAUUUUGGACUUUUCAUCCAUAGUUAUCUUCAUGUGUUUGUAUGUUUAAAAGAGAGAGAUGGACAGUAAAUAGAUCCACAGGAUAUGUUAUGAGGCGUGAAAUCAUGUUUGUAAUGAGAUUUCUUGUUAAUGGCAGUCAGGCUUCCUUGAUGGUAAGCAUUAAUGCAAUAUCCAUUAGUGCAGCUAAACCUCCCUCCACUCCACUUUCCCAAAAGGGUUUCGCAUUUUACCUUGUUUAGCAUUUAUAAAUAUUUGAUACAAGGUUCAGAAAGUAAUUUACAUGUUAAAUGAAGGAUAUAUGAAUGUUCUAGGGAAAAUACAAGUUAAAAUUCUACUAUAACCUCAUUCACAAACCAAACAUGAAAGCGUGAUGAAAUUUGCCCCAUUAAAAUUGCUGGAAGCCUUUUCAUUGAUUUUUUUCUAGUCUGUGGAUUAGGUCUGUUUUCUAUCUCUCUUUCAUACUGUGUCACCUUUGAAGUCUUCUUGCAUCUCAUGCUUCCCAAGCCAAAUGCAUAUCUGUAAUUAGAUCCUUAAAUGAGGAAGAGGUCCUUCCUCUGUCAUGCAAUUCUGAAGGACUGGUUUUGUGUCUUUAUGUUUACCAUUGAAACAGCUGAGCGGGAAAAUCCCGGUGUAAGCGUCCUGAAAAGACAGAAGAGCUAGCACCAUCCCUGUGACAACUCUUUGCUUCCUUCAUCCCUCUUCACAUCCACUCCCACUUGUCUCUGAGAUGUCUUUGAUGUUAAAGAUAGAAGAGAAAGAUGAAAGCCAGAGGAACGGAUGUGUGAGAAAUAAGAUGGUUUCUGGAAUGGUGCAGAACCAUCAAAUGAAUCUUGAUUUAUUUAAUAUUUUUUUUAUACGCAGCUGUUAGGAAGACUCUCGAUUUGUGUGGUAUAAAAACCAGGAAUGGUUAGGAUUGUUUUGCAUUUGUCAUGAUUGUUAGGAAUGUUGUUGGGUUUUGUGGUGUUGUUUUUUUUUUUUUCUUUUAGCAGAGUAGUUCUGUUUGCUGCCAUCCGUUGUUGGGCUCUUAUGGGAAGGUUUCUCUUCACUUUCUAUUGAGAAACAAAUGAAAAGAUCACACAACCCAGCAGUAACUGCCAACAAAAAGCUAUUGUCCUCCAGCCCACAAAUGCAGCUUGAGCACUGCCUUGUGGCUUCACAGACGUGCCUGAGGUCACCUACAACUAACGGCACAGGUGAAACUUUCCUCCCCUUUCCGUAUCCUUUUCUGAAUGUUCAACUUCCAAAACGCCACAGAGUCAGAGGACAGAAGUCCGAUGGCAGAUGUUUGUCAGUAGACCAAGAGUUUAGCUAAGAAAAAUGUUCCUGGAACCAAACAUUUCACCGCAAAAAAGACAGACAUCUGUAGCUCGUUCAAAGAUGUCAGUCUCUGAAGUCUGUUGGAUGCUUCUGAAAAUCCCCUGCUUGGCACUGCUAAUGCUCCUGAGCAAACUGUUCCACUGAAAACGUAGGGCACUUGGAAACUAGGCAGGAGCAAAUGUACAAAAACAGAGGAGCUCAGCCAUAGUUUGAAAUAGUAGUUUUGUCCACCACGUCCACAACUUUAACGUCGGUUUAAAUUGUUUUUAUUAUUAUAUUUCUCUUGAUUUUUAAAAAUUUUUAUUCUAAUACAAACAUGGUUUUUCCCUUGAGUAUAAUGCCUUCAGUCAGCUGGAUCAGAAAGCUUUACAUGUUCUAUCACGUAAUAUGGUCUUCUGCAUAAAUGUUGGAAAAACUCUGAGGGACUGUUUUUGUCCACCUCAUGUUCUUUUAAACCCCAUUUGGUCUGAUGCUAAUCCUUUUAAAAUCUCCAAUGAGAUUAAGAGUCAUUUGUCAUUGCUGAAUGUCAUUUUCUUAAUGCUGUACAAAUGCAGGAAGGCAGAUGAAAGUAGCAAGCUCUUUUUUGUUAUUGUAUUACUAUGAAAAAAAAGAGAAAAGCUAAUCAGAUCUUUGCUUCUAGUGUAAAAUGCUCCCUGUAGCUUCAGAGUACAAGUGCAAAACCUCUGCUUUGAAAGUCUUGUUGAAAUUGAGCUACAAAAUGGAGGAAAAUGGUGUUAGGAAAAGAUCAUUGAAAAGCUUACCUCCAGUGGUGCUGAACACAUACUUGGUAAACCCUCUUACAAAGUCAGUGGGAAUACAGCGAGGUUGCAAGGCUUUUUAAUGCACUGGUGGAUAGAAUUUCCCAACCAGUCAUCCACACAGUUGUGGUUGAUACACCAUGAAUGCUGAAGGCCAAAUCCUGCUGCCACAGAACAGCCCUACUUCAGCAGGGAUCACAGACGUGUACUUAAGUUACAUUCGUUAGCUGCACAAUGUUGAGGUUUCUGCUGAACAGAAAUGCGAGAGGGUAGGCUUUCCUUGUGCUCAUUGAUCACAAUCUUUGCAUUCCCGAUGACUUUAUUAGAAGCAUCUUAUACUUACAUGGUGCAGAAUGAGGCCUUUGUGGAGUGGGAAAGAUGUUUUACAAAUUUAGACCUGCCUGAGAAAACAUCAACCAUUCUAAUUUUAGACAGUUUGCAUUCCAUAUCCAUCUGCUUAGUGCAUCAGUCUGAUGUUUACUGUUUUGCGUUCAGUAAAUUACAUUUGAUCUUUUUCUUUUUUUUCUUUUUUCUUUUUUUUUUACUGUCUCUUUGAGGGCAUUGCCUGCCAUUGGCUUGGUGUGAAAUAGUGCCAAGGACUUAAAAACAUACCCUUAGGGCCAAACUGCAUAGCUUCACAUGCCACAAAUAGUCCCAUCCAAAGCAAGGAGAGCUGAACUGGGCACGUGAACUGCAACCCCUGUGAUGUCCAGUUGUUCCAUUUCCAUCCUGCUUCAUUUCAUAGAGAUUGAUGACUUCCUGGAGAAAAAAAACCACAACAACACAUGUUGCCAAUUCAUCCUGUCUAAAAUGUAUUGAAGACAAAAAAUAUAUAUUAGAUGUGACUGUAGUCUACCAAAUCCAGUCUCGUGCGUAGGGAGAACUCCAAGGGGAAGUGAUGGGAGUUUCCAUUCCAAAGCUUGCAGAACAAAGCCUACAGAGUGAGCUAUGACAAAAUGUCAACUUCGUGUAAACUCUUCUGAUGAGUUUGUAUAAAGGUUUGUAAGAAAUCUUCACUGGAACACACCAGAGAAUAAUAAACUUGCACCUUGAUAGAAUAGCUUUAUUUGUAUAUAUUCUAUGUAAAUUUUUAACCAGAGGAGACGUAUCAUUCCUUGUACAUACCUGACUAGAACAGGGGCAGUGCUGUGCACUGCUGUUUAGGAGAUCCAAGUUCUCCCUUCUUGGGUUUCCAACUGUAAAGGCUGCAGGAGACUGCUUGGAACCAGCCAAAACACAGGAUGGAUAGAUGCUCACCACUCACUGCUUGUGAACGUAGGAGUAGGACUGGAACAGGCGUUGACUAUGGAGAAGAUUGCUUGCCUCCACUCCUGGCUAAAGGACAAAGUGCUUCCUUCACCAUCAUCUCCAGCAGAAGUGAUUUAUGGUUUCAGAUGGUGUGGAGAACAUUUAGAGCCCUGUUUGAAUCACUCUUUUGUAGGGACCUGGGCUUAUAUGGAACCCACACUGCUUGUGUAACAUGGAAAGGAAGGUCCACGAAAAAGCAGUGUGUACAUACAUCUACCUAUCUGUCUGUCUAUCUAAUAUCCCAGUGUUUCUGUAUUGAAUGGUUUCAGUAACCUGUGAACAAGUGAUUGCUCCUGUUGUGUUACUGCUUUGAAAUUCUUUGCAUGCACUCCAGCAUAUAAUUCUCUAAGAAAAGGUUAUACAUAUUAUAUAUAUAUAUUGUAGCUUGCAAAAUAUUCAUGUUGAAGAGCAAUGUUUUGUGCAAAUUGUACAUUUAUGUUGUGAGCAGUAUUGCAAUAUGAACUUUUAUUAGUUGUUGGCAUUAAAACAUGUUUUUAUUGAUAGUAAAUUUGUCACAUUAUUUUUGAGCGUAUGUAUGCAUCCCAAGCUUUCAAACUCAGGCAUUAGGUCAGCUACCUAAGGAGACUUUUCUGUGCAGUAGAAGUAGCGCAGACUUACAGUAAAUAGGCAGGCAUGCAAAUCCCAUUGCUGUUCCAUGCCUGUUGCAAGGCUGAUUAUUCACAAAGUCUGUCUGUCAGGCCAAGACUACUCUUUUGUCAGUGCUGGAGUUUGUGUCAAUAGGAGGAUGCCGUUGCCCUCACCUUUAACAGAAGUAAAACCCCAGUCUAGCAAAGCAAAGUGCUUAAUUCCUACUGCCCUCUGUCUCUGCAGGUGCUUUAAUAUAUAUACAGUGAGGUACAAUGAGGACCGAAGAAACUUCCAAUUUCCUGUUGGAUAGCAAAUGUUAUAAUAAUUUCAAAUGUCCAUGCUACGUAGUUUUCAAUGUAGGGGCUAGAUAAAAGUGUAAUACCACUGCGGCUUUAGGAAAGCAACAGUAUUUGGAGCUUGACCUUAAAACUUCUACCUGCCUUCUGAACAUCAUUGGUGGCUUUGUUUGCUCAAUGUUUACCUCUGAGAAAUGUAUGCUGUUGAUUUAAAUGUUUAAUAUAUUGACUGCCUUUUUGUAUAUUUGUUAUCAUGAAGGUUUGGUUUAAACGCUAACAACUGUAGUCUAUUUUCAGACUUUAAAUUACAUAUGGUUCUGUAUUUGGAAGGCGAACUUAUUAAUGAAUAUAGCGAUUUGGUAUUUUAUUCCUAUUUUAUACAGCUACCCCCAUAGGUUAUUAUCAGAUGGCAACCAAUAUUGCUGAACAGCAGGUGGAAUUCUCUGGAGCGUGAUAAUGAGCCAUCUCUGUUCAAUAAAAAUGCCAUUGUUUUCUAGCCUA